UUAGGAAAUUAAUAGAUAUAUGCUUUACAAUACUCUUGGAACUGAAAAAUCUUAUAUGUAUUAUAAAGAAGAAUCUUAUACAAUAUGAUUUUCUCGAUUACCAUCACUCGACUAAUUACCAACCAUCUCUUCUUUCCAAUUUAAAUUUUAUUUUUGAAUUAAAUUGAAAGGAUAAUUGGGAGAGAUCUAAAACAGCCCAUUGGCAAACUAAAUCUAAUAAUUUUAUCCUAAGCAAGUUGUAUCUUAUUAUGGAUCAUUACACUAAAAUUGGGGGCGGUGGUUUGUUUGGCGGUGGUUUACGUGGUUUGGUUGCUGCUGCUAAGUCUGCUGCUGGCCAACAACAACAACAGCCACCAGUUAAUGACCAAGAGGGGGAAAUUGACUCUCCUUCGGUCGAACAAUAUCAUCCAGUUAGAUAUGGUGGAAGGAAAAUAUCUCCUCCAGCACAGAUUGGGCGUCCCUACUCAAUUUUCUCAACUUUGGUUGAUACAAUACAUCGGAAUAAUAAAACUGGGGAGAAUGAAGGGGAUGAUAUAAACACAAUUGCUGAGGAAGAUACUUCCGAAGCUGCCCAUCAAUUACCACGUCGGAGAAGGCAGAAUGCCUACGACAGCGAUUUUCGCAAUCAGCAACUUUUACAUUCUCGAUCGCCCUCUCCCUUUGAUGAUUCUCAACAACAUUCGAUUCCAAUAAUUAGGCAUCCAAUUUUAUAUACUAGACAACAUGAACUUGAGGAGCGUUUUAGACAUCAUCCAGCAAUUGGUCUACAACCUGGGGACCAAUACCAGUUUGCUAGUGAAUAUGACAGGAAACAUAGAAGUCGAAGUAGCAGCUAUGCUGAUACACAAAAUGAGGCAAUAAGGACAUCACAAAGGCGAAAACUUCCUUCUACGCAACAUUUACGAAAUAUUCCCCAACCUCAAAACAUCGAUAUUAAUGAAUACAAAAAUAUUCGACAACAUUCUCCUGUCCAGUCUUCUACCUCUUCGACAUGCUCAGAAUGUAGACGGGGGAGUAUAACUGCAUCUUCUACCUCUUCAAACUCUUCAGACGCAACUACUUGUUGUUCCUCUUGUGAGAGUUCUGGUACUCUUUCUUCUCGACAUAACCAACUUUCGCCUCCAGCUACGGAUGAUUAUUCACAAUCAGAAAUCGCCUCUUCCUCUAUACAAUUACCAACAGUUAGGCGAAUUCAACCCCAACAAAAUCGACCACAGCCCAGAACACAUCUAGAAAUUAGAAAUGACCAAAGACCACCUGAACAGCAACAACAACAACAGCGUUAUUCUCAACGAAAAUUGCCUGUUAUAAGACCUGGAUCACCCUCAAUACUAAGUAGCCAAUCAUCUUCUUUAGUUUAUCAACAACCAAAAAUUUCAGUUCCAAAUAUCAAUAGAUAUAAACAACCUGUUGCAGCCUAUUACUUGGCUCAGCAGGAACAAUCACAACAAAGACAGCCUGCUGAAUUUACAAAUUAUUAUAACCGUACUGGAUUUAGUAACUCGUCGCCAAGAGGUACUAGAAACUAG